AUGGCCGCGCUGCCCGGCACGGUGCCGCGCAUGAUGCGCCCGGCGCCGGGGCAGAACUACCCGCGCACCGGCUUCCCGCUGGAAGUGUCCACGCCGCUGGGCCAGGGCCGCGUGAACCAGCUGGGCGGCGUGUUCAUCAACGGGCGCCCGCUGCCCAACCACAUCCGCCACAAGAUCGUGGAGAUGGCGCAUCACGGCAUCCGGCCCUGCGUGAUCUCCCGCCAGCUGCGCGUGUCCCACGGCUGCGUCUCCAAGAUCCUCUGCCGCUACCAGGAGACGGGCUCCAUCCGGCCCGGCGCCAUCGGCGGCUCCAAGCCCAGGCAGGUCGCCACUCCCGACGUGGAGAAGAAAAUCGAGGAAUAUAAACGGGAGAACCCCGGGAUGUUCAGUUGGGAGAUCCGCGACCGGCUGCUCAAGGACGGGCACUGCGACCGCAGCACGGUGCCCUCAGGUUUAGUGAGUUCGAUUAGCCGGGUGCUACGCAUCAAAUUCGGGAAGAAAGAGGAAGAGGAGGAUUGCGACAAGAAGGAGGAGGACGGCGAGAAGAAAGCCAAGCACAGCAUCGACGGCAUCCUGGGCGACAAAGGUAACCGGCUGGACGAAGGCUCCGACGUCGAGUCCGAGCCCGACCUGCCUUUGAAGCGCAAGCAGCGCCGCAGCCGAACCACCUUCACGGCCGAGCAGCUGGAGGAGCUGGAGAAGGCCUUCGAGAGGACCCACUACCCCGACAUCUACACCCGCGAGGAGCUGGCGCAGAGGACCAAGCUCACCGAGGCCCGCGUGCAGGUGUGGUUCAGCAACCGAAGAGCGAGGUGGCGCAAGCAGGCGGGAGCGAACCAGCUCGCGGCUUUCAACCACCUGCUGCCGGGGGGCUUCCCACCCACAGGAAUGCCGGCUCUGCCCCCGUACCAGCUGCCGGAUUCCACCUACCCCACAACCACCAUUUCCCAAGACGGGGGGAGCACCGUGCACCGGCCGCAGCCUCUGCCACCCUCCACCAUGCACCAGGGGGGCCUGGCCGCGGCCGCCGCCGCCGCCGACAGCGGCUCUGCCUACGGCGCCCGACACGGCUUCUCCAGCUACUCGGACACGUUCAUGAACGCCGCCGCUCCGGCCAACCACAUGAAUCCCGUCAGCAACGGCCUCUCUCCGCAGAAGCAGGGUGCCCAAAACAAGAUGCAGUGCUCCCGGUGGAACCUCACCAUAGCCUUGAACAAUCAGGUGAUGAGCAUCCUGAGCAACCCCAGCGGGGUUCCUCCGCAGCCCCAGGCCGACUUCUCCAUCUCUCCCCUUCACGGCGGCUUAGACACCACCAACUCCAUCUCGGCCAGCUGCAGCCAGCGCAGCGACUCCAUCAAGUCUGUGGACAGCCUGCCAACUUCCCAGUCCUACUGUCCUCCCACCUACAGCACCACCAGUUACAGCGUGGACCCGGUGGCUGGCUACCAGUACGGACAGUACGGACAAACUGCUGUUGAUUAUUUGGCCAAGAACGUGAGCCUGUCGACACAGCGCAGGAUGAAGCUGGGAGAACAUUCAGCCGUGCUGGGCCUCCUACCAGUAGAGACAGGCCAAGCUUACUGAAGAGUCCGACUGUGCCAACAACCCACUGCAGCACCACCAGCCUUCCC